AUGUCUCGCUUUUUCCGCGGCGGAGACGACAGCUCCACUGACUCUUCCUCUGACGAGGAGGAGCUCUACUCCGAGGAGGAGGAGGAAGAGGAGGAGCAGGGCCAGGAGGACUCUGAUGAGGAGGAGGAGGACGAUGACGACUCCGACGACUCCGACGACAGCGAGGGAGGUCAGAAGUCCGGCGCCAACCGUUUCUUGCGUGAUGCUUCUUCGGAAAGCGAAGACAGCGACGAUGAGGAGCGCGUAAAGGUCAAGAGUGCCAAGGACAAGCGCAUCGAGGAGCUCGAGGCCACCAUCAAGCUCAUCGAGAACGGCCAGAAGAACGGCGACUGGGCCUCCAUUUCCACAGAGUUCGACAAGCUCAACCGCCAAGUCACAAAGCUACAGGAUGCCGGCAAGACCCCCAAGGUCUACAUCAAGACGAUUGCCGAGUUGGAGGAUUACAUGAACGAGGCCGUCGCCAAGCAGAAGGUCACCCCCAAGAAGAUGAACGCCACCGCCGCCCGUGGAUUGAACGCCGUCAAGCAAAAGAUCAAGAAGAUCGUCAAGGACUUCCAGACCCAGGUCGAUGCCUACCGCGCCGACAACGAUGCCUUCAUGGAGUCUGAGGAGGAGGAGGAGAAGCCCGCACCCAAGGCCAAGAAGACUGCCCGCUUCGUCGAUACCCCCGAGGAUGCCCCUGCCGGCGACGACGACGAGGGCUUCGCCACCGUCGGAAAGGGCGGUCGCACCCUGCAGUUCACCCCCGAGAGCAUCUUCAAGCACCUCCGCAGCAUCAUGGAGACUCGCGGAAAGAAGAACACCGACAGACAAGAGCAGAUCAAGAUCAUGGAGAAGCUCUACGAGAUUGCCAACACCCCCUACCAGCAGAUUCGCGUUCUCCUUACCCUGGUAUCAACACGUUUCGACCUUGGUGCUGGUGGCGCUUCCUACAUGCCCCUUGAGCACUGGAAGGCCGCUGAGAAGGAGCUGACUCUGCUCAUCAACAUUCUUGAGGCUAACACUGACUACGUCGUUGUCGAGAACGCUGAAGAGUGGGAUGACGACGAGAAGCCCCCUGUCCUGGAGAAGGGCCAGAAGUACAUCAAGGUCCCUGGAUCCAUUGUCUCCUACGUCGAGCGCCUGGACGACGAACUCACCCGCUCCCUCCAAAACAUCGACCCCCACACUUCCGAAUACAUUGACCGCCUGACCGACGAGGGCGCCCUCUACAACACCGUCUUCCGCGGCCAGCUCUACUACGAGUACCUCCGCAAGGACGCCGACCUCGACAUUCCCCAGGAGAGCAUUAACCGCAUCGUGACUCGCCGCCUCGAGCACGUCUACUUCAAGCCCGCCCAGGUUGUCAAGAUCCUUGAGGACAACUGCUGGAAGACGGUCAAGGACACCGUCGAGUCCACCAUCACCCCUCGCUCCCAAUCCCAGGACGCCGGAAACCUCGUCAACGUUCUCUGCAACUACCUGUUCAGCAACGCUGAGGGCAUUCUCCGUGCCCGCGCCAUGCUGUGCCAGAUCUACUUCCUGGCCCUGCAUGACGAGUACUACAAGGCUCGUGACAUGAUGCUCAUGUCCCACUUGCAGGAGAACAUCCCCAACUUCGACGUCACCUCCCAGAUCCUCUACAACCGCACUCUCGUACAGGUCGGUCUCUGCGCCUUCCGCAAGGGUCUCGUCUACGAUGCCCAGAACACCCUGCAGGAGAUCUGCGGCAGUGGCCGCCAGAAGGAGCUGCUCGCUCAGGGCGUCAUGAUGCAGAGAUACAACCAAGUCUCACCAGAGCAAGAAAAGCUGGAGAAGCAGCGCCAGCUCCCCUUCCACAUGCAUAUCAACCUCGAGCUGCUCGAGUGCGUCUAUCUCACCUGCAGCAUGCUCCUCGAGAUCCCCCUGCUGGCGCAGACCGGCUCCUCCCCCGACGUCAAGAAGCGCGUCAUCAGCAAGACCUACCGCCGCAUGCUCGAGUACCACGAGCGCCAGAUCUUCACCGGACCCCCCGAGAACACAAGAGACCACGUCAUGCAGGCCUCCAAGGCUCUCGCGGCCGGCGAGUGGAAGAAGUCGACCAACUUCAUCCACAGCAUCAAGAUCUGGGACCUCAUGCCCAACACGGAGGACAUCAAGACGAUGCUCUCUAAGCAGAUCCAGGAGGAGGGUCUGCGGACGUACCUCUUCACGUACGCGCCCUUCUACGACACCCUGGCGGUCGAGACGCUCAGCAACAUGUUCGAGCUGGACGCCAGCAAGGUCCUCGCGGUCGUCAGCAAGAUGAUCAGCCACGAGGAGCUCGCGGCCUCCCUGGACCAGGUCACGUCGACCGUCAUCUUCCGUAAGGGCGUCGAGCUCAGCCGCCUGCAGAGCCUGGCCCUCGCGCUGUCGGACAAGGCCAGCGCGCUCAUCGAGACCAACGAGCGCACACUGGAGCAGCGCACCCAGGGCUCGGCCAACGCGUUCGAGAGACAGGGCGGCCGCGGAGGUCGCGGCGGCGGCAGGGGUGGCGCGCGGAGAGGCGGCGGCGGCGGCCCGAGGACGGGCGGCAACACCCAACGGCAGGCCGGCGGUACUCAGUUCACGGGCGGCGCGUUGGGUGCCGCGGUCCGGGGUUAA